CAUUGCGACGAUCACUUCAGUUCACUUCAGUUGUCCACGUUGAUUUAUAUCUCGCACGAAAAAAUCUUUCUUAUUUGUGAAGUCAUUUAUAUUUUAUUUGUAAAAAGGGGAAAAGAAAUAAAAAUGUCGAAGCAGAAUUCAAGCGACUACAGAAAAGGGUCAAGUGCCUACAAAGCAGAGGAUGGGAGAAAAGACGAGAGAGUUCGGGAUCGUUCUCCAUUACGAAUGGAUGAUCAUCGACGGGAAUCAUCACACUACAGCCAAAAUGAUAGCAGGAAACAAAAGCUUGCCUUUGGAUUUGGCAAAAAACCAACGUCAACAACCGAUCAACGAAAAGGAAUUCAAAUCAAGUUCGGCGCACCUUCGAAUCCAGUCGCAAAACCCUCGACAAUACCAAAGCCAACAGUGGCGUCAGUUUUCAAUGCCGACGACGACGACGAUGAACCGGAGGAAAUGCCAGCGGAAGCGAGAAUGAGAAUGCGAAAUAUUGGCCGUGAAACACCAACAUCGGCGGGACCAAAUUCCUUUGGUAAAACGAAGCAAGGUUUUUGCGAUUCCAAGAAAAUAUUCGAGAAAUCAUUAAAGAAAGCAAUGGAGGAGGCUAAUAAAUGAUUAAUCACAAAUUCGCUUAAUUUUACGAAAAAAAAAGAAAUUGCAAUUUUUUUUCUGUAUUAAUUUAAUUUUUAUCUAGUUGUGUUUAAUUUUUUCAUAAAAGAAUCUUUUAUUCUUUUGCGUGACAAUUUUCUUUUUGUCCUUUGUAGAUUAGAAAUAUUACCAUUGAAUUCAAUAUUAAAGAGAAAAAAAAUGUGAUAUUGAAAUAAUUUCUUUUUUUGGACAAUGCGUCUCCAUUAAAACUUACAUCUUGGUACAAAUGUAAGAUAUAUUGUAGCAAAUUAGUUAAAAGCCGAAUAGCAAAAAAAAAAAUUGAAAAAAUAAAAAGUAUUUUUUAAUUUAAAAAAAAAA